AUGUCUAUUAUAUUCAUUUUCUUAUUUAUUUCCAUUGUACAUAGUGAUAUUCCUCUUGAUGUUCCAAGUUUUUCAAUUGAUCUUGAUCAUGCUCCAAUUGAUCGAUGGUCAGAUAUAAUACCAAAUUUCGCUCAACCUAUGAAUGAAUUUAAUAUAGCUAUUCGUGCACAAAUACCUCAAGUUUUUAUUGAUGCUGCUGAAAUAAUUGUUACACGAUUAGAAGAACAUAUUCCUCAACCUUAUUAUGAUGAAUUAUAUUCAAUAGCUCGAUCAAUAUCAAUGCCAUUAGCUGAUAUUGUUCUUAUUAAUCUCGUUUAUGAACUUCGUACAUAUUGCACAAGUUUACUUGUUCGAACAUCGAAUAAUACUAUUAUUCAUGGUCGAAAUCUUGAUUUUGAUCUUAAUACAGAUUUACUUCGUCGUUUAACAUUUCAUGUUAAAUUUUUUCGUACAUCAAAUCCAACUUUUAAUUAUGAAUCAAUUCAUUUUGCUGGUUCCAUCGGUUUAUUAACUAGUUCACGUUCAGGAUAUUUCAGUUUAAGUAUUAAUCAACGUAGUACAGAUGAUAAAGAUUGGUGGAUGAAUGCAUUGAUGUCUAUUUUACAUUUACAUUCUCUUCCAUUAUUUAUUAUAACACGUUCUAUUUUUGAUAAUUCAAUUAUGUCUUAUCAAGAUAUGAAAUAUAUACUUCAAAAUCGACAUCUAAUUGCACCUGUUUAUUUUAUAAUAACUGACGGUCGUUCAUCAGGUAUGAUUAUAACACGUAAUCGUUUAAAUUCAAUUAAUCCUAUCGAAUUAAAUUCUACACUUGUACAAACAAAUUAUGAUCAUUGGCUUGAUGAUCCAUCUAAUGAUCCAAGACGAACAGCAGCAGAAAAUAUUCUUCAAUCAUUUAAUUCAACACAAAUGACACAAGAUAAUAUUUUUGAUAUUGUUCUAUCUGUUAUACCUGUACUUAAUAAAUUAACAGUUUAUACAGCUAUCAUGAAUCCUGGUGAAAAACAAGAUAUUUUUGCAAAAAUUCGUACAUUAAAACCUCGUCAAUAA